UAUUUUAGGAGAGGCUUGGCCGGCCAAGAGUUCUUGGUUAUUUGUAUUUGAUCGACUUGGCAGGGAUCCCACAACUGCCAAGGAAAACACCGGGAAAGCUUGGCAAUCCGCUAUAAAGUAUGUCAAAAGUGAACCACCCUGACAUUUCUUCUGCUUGGCCCCAGUCCGUCCAGUUCGACAGUCGGCUGCUCGUUCCCCUUGACGUUCUCCAGCAGCAGGCCUAUCUUCAGAUGUCGCCUCUUCCUCCAUCCCCCAUGUCCUUGGCCUCACCCCCACCAGCAGAUUCAGAGCCUCCACCCGCUCAUCGCUGUCUCUGGCAGGAUUGCAUCCACUCAUUUGGCGACCCCGAGCUUCUCUACAAUCAUCUCUGCAACGAACACAUUGGGCGCAAGAGCACCAAUAAUCUCUGUCUCACAUGCAACUGGAAGGACUGUGGCACUUCCUGUGCCAAGCGAGAUCAUAUUACCAGUCAUCUGCGGGUUCAUACUCCACUGAAGCCCCAUUGUUGUGACAUAUGCCAAAAGUCAUUCAAGCGACCACAGGAUCUCAAGAAACACGAAAAGAUUCAUACUGAAGAGCACCAUGCGCAGCACAAGCAUUCAAAGGCAAUCACCGUCGCAGACCCCCUCUACGUCAGCAGGGUCCGCGGUGGUGAAGACCCGAAAAAGCAGCUCAGAGUGUCGGCUGCUCGCUCGACCUCCCAUUCUUCGUCAGCCUCUGAAGUCUCUCACUUUGGUCUCCUUCCCACUCCCUCUCCCGAACUGUCCCAUCAGGUCGCCCAUCAUGUGUCGCCCUCAGACGACCUCCAUAUGCUGCACCAGCUGCCGCCGUGGGAGGACCUGCGCACGGAUGACCCCUCCUCCUCCGUCUCAACAGGCUCGAAGCGCCCCCAUUGCUACAAUAUCGACGACUUCUUCUCCGACAUGAAAAAGAGGCGCGUAAAUCCGUCGUACGAUCCCCGUAUGGCCGACCGCCUCAGCUUUGUCGAACACAACUUUAAUCCCCGCUCAGUGUCUGUCGAGAUCCGUUCUCCAGAAGAGCUCGCAGCAGUCAACGAAUUCUUGGUCACCCUCGGCAGGAAUGUUGCCGGGCGCCCCCACCCGCCUUCUGUCGCCGCUGCGUCUUUCCCUCCCGCUCCCGACUACUUUGAUCCAGUCGCCCUUUCCCAGCUCGGUCUUGCCGGGAUGCCGGGAAUGCCGCCUUCGCAUGCGCAUUAUUCUCCCGAGCCCGCCCCAUAUCCAACCAACUCUCCGCCCCAGCAAUACGCCAACUACUCCACCCAGCAGCGGUAUCCCUCGCUUGCCGAGUACCCGUCCUCUGCCGACUAUCAUCGCCGCAACUCCUCCGUCUCUUCCGUCUCUCCCGUCUCUUCUACGCGCUACAUGUCCAGCGCGCCUUAUCACCCAUCCCCGUCUGCCGAGCACACCACUACUCAGCCUCUCGACUUUGACUAUAUCCGUGCUUCCCGCGGUCCUCCUCCUCCAGCGACGAUCUCCCCCCUCGAGUACGUGAACAAGGCUAUGCGUCCUAUGGUGCCCCUCAAAUCGGUCCCAACCGCAUCCAAACCAAGUCCGGUCGAGCCCAAGCUAUUGCAAGACGUGCAUCGUGGGCCUCCCGCCAAGCUCACCUCAUCUUCAUCAUCCUCACUGUUUGCUUCAUCUCCGCCGUCGUCUUCCCCAGAAAAAAAGAAGGGCUCGCUGUACCCCCUCCUUACUUCGGGAGAUGCUCAAUACAAGCUACCCCCACUUACCUCCUCGUCUCCGCAAAAGACCCUUCCGGGAAUCAGAAGUAUAAGCGACGACCUUUCCCGGAUAGAACUACGCGAGAUAACUUUCGAAGAGAGGCGACAUCAUGCCGAGCUUAUUAAGGAUUUGCUCGUCAGCGUCAACUCUGAUUAUAAGCGUCGCAACGGCACACCGAAGUCGGUUAUGAAGGACCGAGUUGUGGAACGCGAUGUCGAGAUGGUGGUUGCUUGAUAUGAAACAUGCCGACAAACUUUUGUCUCUUUUAGCUACUUUGCUGUCGAUCUUCAGAUUGUACAUUACAAUUCUCCGUAUAAUUUAUCAUGGAAGAACCAUUUGUCUAAAUUUGCCAUUGCACUCUUCUCAUAUGUGCAAGUGUGUAG